GAUUAAAAAAAAAAUCAAACCUUUUGUUCUAGGGCUCUUUUUCACUACUUCUACUCGUCGGUGGCAUCCAUACGCCAUGGUUAAAGAAUCAAGCUACAGCGAAUUCAAGCAAAGACCUCAAAUCAUCAAUCGACCUUCCAUUUCAUUGAUAUCGACUAAUGUGACUUUCUUUAGUCUUCACCGAGUUUAAGACUUCAAGGAUCGAUACUUCAUCUUGUUCUAGCUUCAGCGAGUUCAAGAAUCUAUACUCCAUCGUUCAAGCUUCAGUCUUCUUUCUUCAGAAAUUGAUCUUCCGCAAAUCAAGAAAUCAGAAUCGGUGCCUUCAGUCUUCCUUGGUUCAUUUCAGUUAGUUUGAGUGGCGGAACCCUUAAGGGGCCAGGGGAGGCCGUUUUUUGGCCGACUAGGUACUGCUUGCUGGCUUUAACUCUGUGAUGACGACACAAGAUUCAACAACUCCUAGCUUUCAAGUCUUUCAACUUCCAAGUCAGUAAAGGUGAAGGUGACGUGGUGGGGAUGCCCUGACCACCCGAAGCAAAGCAUUGUGCAAUGGGGAAAAGGCAGAGGCGGCGGAUCUCAUGGGCGGUGGUUUGUGGAGUGAUGUUGUUUACAGUCGGUCUCAUCUCUUUGUUUACAGGUCAUGUGGCUUCAAAUCUCGAGUGGUAUUCUCAGAAACUCGUUAAGCAUCGAUUGUGGUAUAGUAAAGUGGGUGGAUUCCGUCAUCAUGGACCAAUUAACAUCUGGAAAUCUGAGUUUUCAAACUUGUACUACGGAUGCAGUGAAAGAGGCCCUCAUUACACACCUCCUGUUGCUGAGCUACUAUCAAAUGGGUAUCUUCUUAUAGCCACCAGUGGAGGGCUUAACCAACAAAGAAUUGGAAUAACAGAUGCUGUAGUUGUUGCACGGAUAUUAAAUGCCACAUUGGUGGUUCCUGAGUUUGAUCAUCAUUCAUUUUGGAAGGAUGAUAGUGACUUUUCAAACAUUUUUGAUGUUGAUUGGUUUAUCUCUUUCCUUGCAAAGGACGUGGUUGUUGUGAAAAGAGUCCCAGACAAAUACAUGCGAUCACUUGAAAAACCCCCAUACACCAUGCGGGUCCCACGUAAAUCUGAACCUCACUAUUACCUUCAUGAAGUUCUUCCUGUUCUCUUGAGGCGACAUGUUGUUCAGUUGACAAAGUUUGACUAUAGGCUUGCUAUUGACCUUAAUAAAGAGCUACAAAGGUUAAGAUGCAGAGUCAAUUACCAUGCUUUUCGCUUUACAAAACCAUUGCAAGAUGUUGGAGAUCAUCUGGUGAUGAAAAUGAGGAAGAUGACAAAUCGUUACAUUGCUGUUCAUUUAAGGUUUGAACCUGAUAUGCUUGCAUUUUCUGGUUGUUAUUAUGGAGGUGGUGAUAAAGAGAGAUAUGAGCUUGGUGAAGUCAGGAAAAGGUGGUCCACUUUAGGAGACGUGAAUCCUGAUGGAGAGAGAAAGCAAGGAAAGUGUCCACUUACACCACAUGAGGUGGGGCUGAUGCUGAGUGCACUCGGUUUCAAGAAUGACACAUACAUUUAUGUUGCAUCAGGUGAAAUCUAUGGAGCCAUUGAUUACAUUGUUUGUGAUGAGAGUGAUGUGUUUGUCACUAACAACAAUGGGAACAUGGCAAAAAUUCUUGCUGGAAGAAGGAGGUAUAUGGGGCAUAAAAGAACAAUUAGACCAAAUGCAAAGAAGUUGAGUGCUUUAUUUUUGCAAAGAGAGAAGAUGUCAUGGGGGAGUUUCUCAAGUAAAGUGAAAUCAGCUCAAAGGGGGUUUAUGGGGGACCCGGAUGAGAUGAAACCUGGACGUGGUGAUUUCCAUGAAUACCCUUCCACCUGCAUCUGCAAGACAUUCAAUUAUCAUCAUCAUCAUCAUCAUGACAACAACACUAAACAAGAUAUGCUCAAGCUCAACCAUGAAAGAGAGUCUGAAUUUGAAGGUGUUAUUAGUAGUAAUACCACUACUACACAUAGAGAUGAUGAUGCUGAUGCAUCACUAGAAGAGAAAGAAGAUGAUGAUUUUUUGGCUGGUGACUAGUGUUGAAUGGCAAGUGUAAACCAUUGUAUUUGACCGAUUUGUUGUCAUUACAACCAUUCUUAUGAAAAAUUCAAAACAAGAGUCUAAGAAAUGUAAAUCAUCUCUCAACAUUUUUGGUUAUAUAAUUAAUGAGCUUAUUUUUGGUGUCUUUCUGCAAGAAUAAUGUUUUUUUAGCAAUUUGUUG